CUCACCUCCGUGCCUCCAGUACAGAUUGCGCCCUUGCUGCCCGGCCGUCGAUUGACCGUCUUCGCCCUUUCCGUGUCCUCCUGCACGACCUCGAAUCGUGACAACGACGACAACAGCUCUCAACCGAUUGCAGCACAUCCAGCCAAGAUGAUCACCUCAAGAGCAGGCCUCACGGCCGUUCGCCGGGCCGCCAAGCCCAGCAACUUCUUCACCCCGACCGCCUCCGCCCUCCUCGUCCAGGCCCAGCAACCCCUCCAGAUCCGCCGCACGGCAGCGACCCAACCCAUGACCCCCCUCGACGCCCAGUCCCUCCUGGCUAAGCAGCGCCUGCAGCGGCCCGUCGCCCCGCACCUCGAGAUCUACGACAAGAAGCAGACCUACCUGGGCUCGUCCAUCUGGCAGCGCUUCACGGGCAUGUUCUUCACCGGCUCUCUGUACGCCUACAGCAUCGGCUACCUCGUCGCGCCCCUCGCCGGCUGGCACCUCGAGAGCGCCUCUGUCGCGGCUGCGUUCGCGGGCCUGCCGCUGCUCGUCAAGGGUGGUGUCAAGGUCGGCCUGGCGUGGCCAUUUGUGUACCACCUGAUCAACGGAAUCAAGCACCUGUGGAACGACUCUACAGCCAAGGGCUUCAGGAAGGCGACGAUCAAGAGGACCGAGUAUAUCGUGUGGGGAAGCUCUACAGUUGUAGCUCUGGGGCUGGCUUUCCUUCUAUAAAUGUGGGGGAGGCAAAUGGAGGAGGAGGAUUACACGAGAGAGAGAGAGAGAGAGAGAGAGAGAGAUCUGGGCGGCGAUCAAGUAGCAGACGAGGGACAGAACACUGUUUCCUGCUCGACUGGACGAGGAUGAAACAGUCAUCCUUGAGAGAUGGGAGAUAGAUGUACUUUUUUGUAGCAAUGGGACAAUGUGAAACAC